AUGACGACCGUAUCUCCCUUUGCCCGCAGCAGCGCCUUUGAAGACACACGCCUCCCAGGACGCGAGCAGACCAUAGAGGAAAUGUACAGCGUCCCGGAAAGCUUCCUCGAAAUCGAGGUUCGUAAUCCCCAGACACAUGGAUUUGGAAGGAAGAUGUAUACUGACUAUGAGAUAGUCUGCAAGACUAACAUACCAGCGUUCAAACUGCGGCAUAGUCUGGUUCGACGAAGAUACAGUGACUUUGAAGCAUUCAGAGAUAUUCUUGAGCGGGAGAGCACGCGCGUGAACAUUCCGCCGUUGCCGGGAAAGGUGUUCACUAAUCGAUUUAGUGAGGAGGUCAUUGAAGGACGGCGAGAAGGACUGGAGAGGUUCCUGAGCGUUGUUGCUGGACAUCCCCUACUGCAAACAGGUAGCAAAGUUUUGUGUGCUUUCCUUCAAGAUCCCGGUUGGGAUAGAGCUCAGUGGAUGUAG